AUGGAACACUCGCUCGGUUCCGGUCGGCCGAUGAAGCAUGUCGAACGAAAGGCUCUGUAUACCCGCCUAGAGGCGCGCAUCAAUUAUCUUCGAGACUUCUUGGACUUCAACUCAAGAGGGUCGAAAUACAUCAAAGCCUUGAUCCCGGCUGUCGUCAACAUCGUCUACAAGAAACUCCUCGAAACCGACAUCACCGCACGUGCCUUCCACACCCGAGACACCGCCGACGAGACCCCGAUAGAAGAGUUCUUCACCGAGGAGAGCCCUCAGAUUCAACGUCGGAAGAUGUUCCUGCGAUGGUACUUGACGAAGCUCUGCUCCGACCCGUCCCAGAUGGAAUUCUGGCGGUACUUGAACAAAGUUGGAAUGAUGCACACGGCCCAAGAGCGUCUCUACUCGCUGAACAUCGAAUACAUCCACAUGGGCGCCUGCCUGGGAUACAUCCAGGAUAUCUUCACCGAAGCUCUCAUGUCGCACCCCCACCUCUCCCUACCACGCAAGAUCGCCCUGAUCCGGGCCAUCAGCAAGAUCAUCUGGAUCCAGAACGACCUCGUGGCGAGAUGGCGCAUGAGAGACGGCGAGGAGUACGCCGAUGAGAUGUCGGAGAUCAUUGUCGAUGAGAAAGAAGGCUACUUGGGCGACAAGAAGAUCCUGGGCGAUAGCAGCUCGGGCACUUCGAGCGAGGAUGAUCGUUCCAGCGUCCGAAGUGGCAACGUUCCCACUAAUACCCCUGCCUGCCCUUUUGCCGACAUGGCACCAACUUCAUCUCAAACGAAGAUCUGGGCUGGGAAGUAA